AUGGAGUCAAGAGUUGGAAUGAGAGCUGCGGUUUUUGUCUAUCUGGUUGCUCUUCUUGCAGGGACUGAGGCAAGAAACAUGCCUACUCAGGUUGACAAGCCUCAAACUAUCCCCGGUGACUUUGGAGGCCUCGGCGGCAACCCAUUAAUGGGAAUAGGAGGAGGCCUGCCAGGUUUCUUCAAUGGAGUUCCUGGGCUUGGGGGUUCUGGUUUGUCCAUCCCACCUGUACUUGGACUUGGAGGAGCGCCAAGCUUGUUUAACCCACCUGCACUUGGUGGAGGAUUUCCCGGAAUGUUGAACCCACCUCAGCUGGGGCCGGGAGGAAGGCCCAGCAUGUUCAACCCACCUGCGUUUGGUAGCUUCCCGGGCUUUGGAGGUGGCCCUGGCUUUGGGGGUGCAAUUCCUCAUGACCUUCAGCCUGAUCUUGUGAAGAAAAGCAUCAGCUCUCCCUGA